AUGGCCUCUCACAAGAUUCUCGUUCUACCAGGUGACGGCGUUGGACCAGAGAUUAUCGCUGAGGCUAUCAAGGUGCUUGAUGUGAUCCAAAAGACCUCUGGCGUGAAGUUUGACAUCCGUUCAGAGUUGAUGGGAGGUUGCAGUAUCGACAAGCAUGGCGUAGCCUUGACUCAAGACGUCUUGGAUAUGGCCAAGGCAAGCGACGCAGUCUUGUUCGGGUCAGUCGGAGGGCCUAAAUGGGGUGCUGGGAAAGUGCGACCAGAGCAGGGUGUCCUCGCUUUGCGCCAAGGACUGAACGCCUUUGCGAACCUCCGUCCUUGCAAGUUCGCAAGCAGGUCGCUUGUCGACCGAGGUCCCAUUCGGCCCGAGCUCACAAAAGGCACCGACUUUGUGCUUGUUCGAGAGAACUGCGGGGGUGCUUAUUUUGGGGACAAGAUUGAGGAGGAAGAUUUCGCAUCGGAUGCCUGGGCUUACUCUCGCGCUGAAGUUGAGCGGGUUGCAAAGAUCGCCGCCGACCUGGCCAUGGAAACGGACCCUCCUCAGCAAGUUAUCUCGUGCGACAAGGCCAAUGUCCUUGCAGUGAGCCGGCUCUGGCGUCGAGCUGUGACCGACUUCUUUGCAAGAGAGUAUCCGCAGAUCAAGCUAUCCCAUCAGCUUGCUGACAGCGCGGCCAUGCUAAUGGUCAAGGAUCCUCGUUCGUUCAACGGAGUGGUUCUUAUGGAUAACACGUUCGGUGACAUCUUGUCAGACGUCAGUAGCGUGAUCCCAGGAUCGCUGGGGCUUCUUCCAUCCGCUUCAAUCUCGAGCACUACCCCUGGCUCUGCGGGAAUCGGUCUCUAUGAGCCUAUCCAUGGAAGUGCACCCGAUAUUGCGGGCAAAGGUAACAGAUUCCACGUGUGCAGUCCUGGCUUCACGGCCCAGCCGAUCAAGGCGACAACGCUAAUGCCUAUCACCCCAGGUAUCGCCAACCCUGUUGCGACUGUUCUUGCGGCGGCGAUGAUGCUCAAAUAUUCGUUCGGGAUGAAUGAUGAGGCAAAAGCCAUAGAGAGAGCGGUAGAGAAGAUUUUAGACUCUAAAGACAUCGGUGGUCUCGAGAUACGGACUGGUGACCUGGGAGGGAGUGCAACGACAAUUGAGGUCGGUGAUGCGAUCUGCAGUCAACUCGAAAGCCUGAUGAAGCGAAGUAUUUCUUAG